UUAUCUGUUGCACCACUAAAUUUGGUUGUAUAAUUAUAUGUGUUCUACGGUUAAAAAAUUAUACAGCCUCGAAAUGGACACAACAAUCAAACAAUGUGUUGCUGGGUUAGUUAUUGCAUUCAUAUUUGGAGCAGCUUAUAUUUUCGAAGUUAAAAUAAAUGAACUUUAUAAGAGUUUAAGAGAGAUAGAAACGAAAGUAGAAAAAACGAAUUUGGCAGGACCAGUGUAUACCAGAUGGGGAAGAACUGAUUGUCCUGAGGUCUCUUCCAUAGUCUAUAAAGGUUAUGCUGCUGGAUCUUCUCAUUCGCAUAAAGGUGCUGCUUCAAACGUUAUUUGUCUUCCUGAAGAUCCACAGUGGGGAAGUCGAACAGCAGCUCACCCUUUAGCGUAUGUUUAUGGCUCUGAAUAUGAGAGCAAUUUUUUCGGAGAAAAUGCACUUGACCAAGACGUCCCUUGUUGUAUCUGUCAGAUAAAGGCAGGUACUAGCUCUAUUAUGAUUCCGGGGAGGACGUCUUGUUAUGACGGAUGGACACUGCAGUAUAAGGGAUACUUAGGAGCGGGAUAUCACGAUUACCCUGCUGCUACUGAGUAUAUCUGUGUGGAUGAAAAUGUACAAACAGUCCCGGGUGGUUUUCAAAAUCAUAACGGAAUGCUUAUCUACCCCGUAGUUUCCAAAUGCGGGUCUUUGAGGUGUUCUCCAUAUAUUGCUGAUAAACCACUUACAUGUGUUGUGUGUUCAAAAUAAUUAUACAAGUUUUCAUUAUUUUUAAUCUUCGACUGAUGUCUUCAACUGUAAAGUAUUACUUAAUUACGUUAGUGGCAUUUUCUUCUUUAGAAUUUUAAAAAUGUUUGUAUUCUUGAACUUCAUAUACAAAAAGAGAUUUCAACUAAUAUUGUUAAAGAUGCAAUAACAAAUAUGUAGUAUGCUUCAGAACUAGAGACUGAUAAUUUAAACAAAGCAUACAUGUAUCUUAAGUAAAUUCUUUUUCAAAAAAUAAUUAAAUAAAACUUAAAUUAAGAGGGAGGACUAAUCAAUUGAAUUUUUUUUGCAAUUCAUUGGAGAAUUUUCAUGCAUAUAGAGAGGUCAUCGUCUGCCAGUGAUAUGAUAUUUAUGGUACUGAUGACAACGCCUGCUGUGACGCAGGGCCUCGGUUUUUAAGAUCUUAGCCGAAGGGCCAAC